UCCAUCACAAUAAAUUUCUAGAAAAAGUUCAAUGUUCUGAAUCACUAGGACCUCCCUUGUGUGUUGAAUUUCAUUCUCCUUCUCUCCGUGUAUAAUAUAUCAAGAAGAAUCACUGGUCAGCGCCUCUCAUAAGGGCCACCCAUGGCACCCACCUUCACGCUCCUGUCUUGUCUUGUUCUUCUUCACCUCUCUGUUUCUUUUGCAUACCCAGUAUAUGCUCCUUUCCUUCAAUGCCUGACCAAUAUAGCCCACCCGUCCGACCAUAUCUCAGAUGUAGUAUUCGCUGGCACCAACGUUUCCUACACUUCACUUCUUCAAAAUUACAUCCGAAAUGCCAGAUUCAACACUUCCUCCACCCCAAAACCCUCCGUCAUCGUAACCCCUUUGCAGCAGUCUCACGUCCAGGCCGCUGUAAUUUGUGCUAGAUCCAUCGGCGUACAGAUUAAAAUCCGAAGUGGCGGCCAUGAUUACGAGGGCAUCUCUUACGUCUCUUACCAGCCCUUCAUCAUCCUGGACCUCUUCAACUUCAGAAACAUCUCCGUCGACAUCCAAAACGAGGUCGCCGUGGUUCAGUCCGGCGCCACCGUCGGAGAGCUGUAUUAUCGGAUUUGGGAGAAAAGCAAGGUUCAUGGGUUUCCUGCCGGCGUGUGUCCCACCAUGGGGGUGGGAGGCCAUCUGAGCGGAGGAGGGUACGGGAACAUGCUUCGCAAAUUCGGCUUGUCCGUGGAUAACGUUAUCGAUGCCACAAUCGUUGAUGUGAAAGGUAGAAUAUUAAAUAAGGAUUCCAUGGGAGAAGAUCUUUUCUGGGCCAUCAAAGGAGGAGGAGGCGGGAGUUUCGGGGUUAUCCUGUCCUACACCGUGAAACUGGUUCGCGUGCCAGAAGCCGUAACUACCUUCCGUGUUGAGAAGACACUGGAAGAAAAUGCCACCGAUCUUGUGGUUCAAUGGCAGGACGUCGCUCCUCGUACAGACGACAGGCUUUUCAUGAGGUUACUGUUAGCGCCGGCGACAUCUAAGGUAAACAAGAAGCAGUUAACGGUAAGAGCUUCUGUGGUGGCACUGUUUCUGGGAGAAUCCAAAGAAGUGGUGACGCUACUGGGGAAGGAGUUUCCGCGGCUGGGUUUGAAAAAGGAAAACUGUAACGAGACGAGUUGGAUCGAGUCAGUGCUGUGGUGGGCGAAUUAUGAUGCGGGCACGAAACCAGAAGUGCUGCUGGACAGAGAGUUGAACAAGGCCAAGUUCCUGAAGAGAAAGUCAGAUUACGUUCAGACACCAAUUUCGAGGGACAGGUUGGAGGGGAUGUGGAAGAAGAUGACGGAGCUGGGGAAAAUAGGACUGGUUUUCAAUCCUUACGGAGGAAGAAUGAACGAGAUCCCAUCAGAUGCGACCGCUUUUCCUCAUCGAGGCGGGAAUCUGUUCAAGAUUCAGUACUCGGUGACUUGGGAUGAAGCGGGAAGUGCGGUGGAAAAGAACCUGACGUCUCAAGCAAAAAUGAUGUAUGAUUACAUGACGUCAUUGGUGUCGAAGAAUCCAAGGAGAGCCUUUUUGAAUUACAGAGACCUGGACAUUGGGAUGAAUAAAUUUGACGAGAAUAGCUACAGAGAUGGCAAAGUGUACGGAAGAAAGUACUUCAAUGAGAAUUUUGAGAGGCUGGUGAAGGUUAAAAGUGAGGUGGAUCCGAGAGACUUUUUCAGGAACGAGCAGAGCAUACCAAUACUUCCAUCAAAGCAAUAGAGCACUCUACACUACAGAUUAUGAGAGUAUUCAACGGAUGGCCUUACUUGUAUUGCCAGAUCGCCCUUGUGCCUAAUAAAAUCAUAUUUUAGGAUGACAA